AUGCCGAUAGCACCUACACAAUUCGCGCGAACGACGCGGACGUCGGCUAAUUGGAGCGACGCAAGACGACGAGUCCUGGCGGCUUAUCGAGAAUGGAUACGAGCGGCACCUGAAAUCCAGACGAUGUACUCGAUCCCCUUCCCAGUCUCCGUCAUCCGCACACGAAUGCGACAGGAGUUCGAGCGCCAUAGAUUCGUCGAUAAGCUACCGGUGGUCGAUGUGCUCCUUGUGCAGAACAACGCAGAAUACCAGGAAGCCAUGAACUUCUGGAAGCAGACUACACAUGUCAUGUCCUAUUUCAACUCUGAACACUUCCGGGGAGCCAGCAGACUGCCGAACAGCUUCAUGCAAGGUUUCUUAGAGGCAAUGCCUCAGGGUCGCAACUAG